CGUUUCUCUUGCAUUUUACGCGUCGUUUUCUCUCUCCUCGCGCGAGAGCUUCUUCCUCGCGUCCUUGCUUCGUUCGACGGUGGUUCCACCGGUUCUUCUGCGACCCAUCACCAGCACUAGCGAUCUCUUGUUCUCCCGUGAGGGCCGUCGCUCGGUUACACGCCGCUGCGCCACCAGCCGCCCGUCGCCUUCCGCCGCCGCCGUCUCCUCUGCUCUCUUCUCUCAACCAAAACCAGAGAGGUUCUCCUCCCAUGACCUCCUUCCUUGUCUUCCUGUUUCGUCCAAUGGUGGCUUCCAUCGAUCUUCAAUAACCCAUCACCAUAGAAAACGAGACCAGAGGGAGAGAUCGUCCUCCUCCCACUGUCACGCCCACUAACCAUCUGACCAACGCUCGCAGUUGCCGUCCAUCGUCCGACUAACGCCCUCAGCCGCCAUCGCUUCCAUCUCUCCUCACGGCUGCUCCUCUUUCUCGUCUUCUUCUCGUGCGACCGACGGUGGAGCCUCCACCGUUCUUCCUCAAUUGAAACCAGAGAGGGAUCCGUCUUCCUUUCUGGCCUUCCUCCGUGUGCAGCAAGGCGAGCGGAAGAGACCCCAACAGAGCCCUCAAGUUUCAAGCGACAGAGAGACAGAAGGGCUGUCGGGCCCUCCACUGCCCGGUUGCAACGCUAUCCCUGACUGGCGACAAGUUCUACGGCAUUGUCCUCCUCCAUGUUUUUGGUGAUCUAGGCAUGGGGGACUACCACUUUGUAUACAAAGAUGUUGAGGGCACCAGCACAGAGUGGGAUGAUCUUCAGAGGAAGUUUGGAAAUUUGCCCCCUAAACCUGCUCCUUUCAAGCCUCCGGCAUGGGCUCCUGAUGAUGAGGACUCCAAACAAAAGGACAAGGAUUGGAUCGACAGGAAAAAUGAGGAGGAAUUAGAAGAUCUGGAAGAUGAUCUUGAUGAUGAUCGUUUUCUUGAAGAAUAUCGGAAGAAACGAUUGGAGGAGCUGAAAAUGGGUGCUAGAAUUCCACGUUUUGGGUCUGUCAUUCCAAUCGUUGGUGCAGAUUUCGUCCGGGAAGUUUCUCAGGCACCUCCAGAUGUUUGGGUGGUGGUUUUUCUUUACAAGGAAGGGAUAACAGAGUGUGGGUUACUUUUGCGUUGCUUGGAAGAACUUGCUGAAAGAUAUCCUUUCACCAAAUUUGUGAAAAUUAUAUCAACUGAUUGUAUUCCCAACUAUCCUGAUCGCAAUCUUCCAACAGUUUUGGUGUAUAACAACGGUGCUGUUAAGGCUACUUAUGUGGGUUUGCAUCAUUUUGGUUCCCAAAGAUGUACAGCUGAAGGUGUUGCUUUGAAACUUUGCCAGUCAGAUCCAGUCCUUCGCAAUAGUGAAAAUGAAAGUGAUUCAUCAAGGCAAGCAGUUAUGGAAGGAGUGCGCAAACAGUUCAUACAGCGGGUUGUUUCACAGCAUGAAGAUGAUGAUAGUGAUGAAUCUAGUGAUUGAUACUCAUCAGGCUCUUAUUUUGGACAUCAAGUAGGGACCUGGGUGAGUUUUAUAGCAGGUGUAUCUGGUAAUUUAACUUCCUGUAGCAUCAGCUUGUGUGUGUGCAAUCCUCGUACUUGCUGUUAAUCAUGCAAUUUUUUUUCCCUAUUUA